AUGACUACCACCAACGGCGAGGCCAUCCAGAAUGGCAAUGGACACAUCGAUGUCAACGGAAAAUCCCAGGCCACUGCCGCGGGCAAAGCUGCAGUGAUCAGUAAUGGUCAUUUCGCUGAGGUGACUCCAGCAGUAUGGCUCGCACUGCGGAAAUACUUGCCACCUCGCGAUGAAGAUUUCGAGUAUUGGUGGCAGUUGACGGGUCUGCAUCUUGCAAUCAUGUUGCAAGCUGCCGAGUAUCCUUCGGAGAGACAAUACAACGCUCUUCUCUUCCACUACCACUACGUUGUUCGUCAUCCAUUUCCAUCUCUCUGUCUCAAGAGAGGGAGUGUUUGAGCCUCAUGGCCAUGCAUGCUAAUCGGCACAUUAGGUCCCUUACUUGGGCCCGCGACCAAAGCCCGACGGAACGAUGAAAUGGCAAUCUCUUCUGGGCGUGGAGGGAUCGCCUAUCGAGUAUUCUUGGAAGUGGAAUGCUCCAGGCGGUCUUCCCGACGUGCGUUACUGCAUGGAGGCCAUCGACCAAUACACUGGAUCUGCCAUGGACCCAUUGAAUCAGCACGCUCACCGGGAGAUGCUGCAUCAUAUGGCCGAAGCUUUUCCUUCGGUCAACUUGAGCUGGGUGAACCACUUUUUCGCCACCCUUUAUGAUCAUGAUCCAUCCAAGUACGUUGCAGAGGCGGCAGCUGGCUCUCACUUCACCACCACAGUCAUGACUGCUCCCGAGUUCCUCCCGGAGGGCUUGAAUGUGAAGACGUACUUCAUACCUCGCAAGAUUGGCCAGACGGAAGGGCAGAUUCCACUCGCGGAGUGGGAGAAAUCCCUACAGCUCCUCGAUCCCGGCAACAAGGCCCGAGCUGCGAUGCAUGAGUUCCUCAGCAUGACUGCUGAAGGACAAGCAAUGAGCCCAUUGUCAGUGUUCUCCUACUCCCCUCCCCACUCCGCAUAAUGUAAUGACACUUGUACUAACGCGCCCGGGCAGCAUGCUGGCCGUGGACGAUGUGACUCCCGAGAAGUCCAGGCUCAAGUUCUACUUCCAGACCUCGCACACCAGCUUCCAAUCCGUACGGGAAAUCAUGACCCUCGGCGGUGCGAUCAAGGUGCCAGACGAGAAAUUGGCAGAACUGAAGUCUCUGGUAUAUGCGGUGACCGACUUGCCGGAAGACUUCCCCGAGGAAGACGAGGCCCCGUUGACCCAGGCCUACGCUCCCUUGGCGAAGGAGAACUUCGUGGAGCUUCCCAUCCUCUUGGCUGGCUACAUCUACUACUUCGAGAUUGCACCCGGCCAAACGCUGCCGCAGAUCAAGUUUUACACUCCGGUCCGACGUUACGGGCCCGAUGAUUACAAGCUCGCCGGAGGAAUCACCAAAUGGAUGGCGGCUCAUGGCCGAGGCGAGUAUACCGAUCGUUACUUCAACAUGCUGAACAACCUGUCCCAGCACAGACGUCUCCAGGAUGGCAAAGGUACGCUCAUUUUUGAUGACGCCGAUCCCGUAUUUUGGGAAUUUUGGCUGACGAUAUCUUCUUCACUCUAUAGGGAUACAGACGUAUGUCAGUUGCCUGAUCAAGCGAAGUGGAUCGUUAGAUAUUACUUCGUACUUGGGACCUGAAGCGUUUGACCCUGGUCGGGGAGAAAGCUCUCGCCGUCGCUCUGUCCGGCGCCGCGGGGACUACUAG